AUGCUUUCUCGUCUACGGCCUCUCGUCCCUACUGUCAAGCAGUCGGCUGCCGCGCUCGCCAGAAUCGAUCCCGCGUACUACACAGACCAUGUGCGGUACCAUGCCGGGCUCGACCCCGCGAGCGAGCAGACCUGCGACCUGCGCGAGCUGUACACCGCCUUUGGCAAGCUGACACGCCAGGCAGCUCUUCCCCGGGAAACCAAGGCUCGCUACUACAACGAGCUGAUCCGGACCUUUGUGCGGCUUGAUUUCGGCGUCUACGCCAGCACGCAGCCGCAGCUGGCGCAAAUCGGCGGCCAGCUCGAGCCCAGCACUCUCAAAGAGGUCCUGCUGGCCAAUCCGGGCCGCAGGUGGUCCAGCUACGAGAUCUUUGAACAGAACCCGACGUCCGACCCUGAAGUGAAGCAUAUCGUGCUGGAACGCCUCGUUGACGGCGAAAAAGCCGACACAGAGCCAGAAGACAUCGCGAUCUCUUUCUUCAAGGCGCACAACAUCCUCAAGCUGGCGGCGGACAGUUUCGCCCGCUUGGAGGAGGAAUCCCAGAAACGGCUGGUCACCGACUUCUUUGCGCUUGAGCUGGACUCUUAUAUCGCUGUCCUGCCGCUGGCCGUCGAUGUGAAAACAAAGCUGCUGCAGCUGCCAAAUCUCACACCCAAACAGCGACUCAGUCUGCUGACGCUGGAUCUGCCGGAUUCAGUGCUCAUAGAGAACCUCGUGCCCAUUGCCGGCGCAGGAAAGCUCCAACCAUCGGAAAACGAGAAACAGAUGCACGAAAAACUCGGCUUCCUGCCGUCUCUGGACCCUGAAAAAAGUGCCUGGAAAUUAAUUAGCGUUCUCGAGCCUCUGCCCCAGGCCGCCGCUGCCAUUGCGAAAGCGCGCGGAUUUUUCCUGGACAAAGCACAGACCGAGUCUCCGGACCCGCUGGCUGCCCGUCUGGACGAGCUCAACUUCCUCAUCGGCGCCCACGAGACCGUGCGCACGGGAGCUGAGCCUGUCUUUGUCGAGACGACCAGCCCGCAGAUCGCGUGCGCAAAAAUCCUGCAGCACGCGUGGACCGGCAGCCAAGACGAGGCGCUGGACGAGUACAACGCCGCAAUCGCCAAGUGGGGCGCAGAACCACACACCAGCAGCCAGCUGGUGUACUGUCUGGUUCUUGCUACGCUGCUCCAGAACGACGUGCAACUGGCGCAGUACAUCCGCAAAAGAGCGGUCGACGCGGGUCUCGUGACCAAGAGCGCGGACAGACGCAUCGCCGACACGAUGAAAGCCUACGGCGACCUCGUUGAGGAGAACCGCGACGUGCGCCAAGGCCUCCAGAGCAACGUGUUAUCGACCCUCGUGCAUUUGGCAGAAACUGUGGAGACGGUCUAG